AUGAAUGUUCAUUUUCGUCACUACUUUCUUUUCUUUUUGUUGCGUCAGAAUUAUCAGGGAAAAAUUGCGGCUCCCAUGGAGGAUCAAGAAAUCGAAGUGCUUUUCGAAUACCUUAAAAGGGAGCCGGAGAUGUACCGGAUUUUGCAAAGGUUCGUGAGCAGGACUGUUCAGGCGCUGCAACUGGCAAUGCUGGAGUACCGAUGGAAUGCUGCUGCUGCCGCUGCUAUAUUAUGGUAA